GCUCGAUCCGUGUUCAACUGUCAUUGGCGGUUUCGGUUUGUUCAUUGUGAUAGCAUUAUAAUGGAUUUAUUUUGUAACAAAUUAAUAUUAAGUUUAAAGUAAUCGAUAUUAAUUUAAAAGUAUGACUUGACAUUUUAAAAAGACAUUGUGCACGUAAUAAAAAAUAUUCAUAUUCCUAAACUGAAUUUAAUUGGUAGUAAACAAUGAAGUCCACCGGCCUUCUAAUUCCUUUAUUAGUAAUUUUAAUCCACGUUCUUGUUUUUGUAUCUACCGAUACUGAUCCACCAAAGCGAGAUGAAAAGAGAGCAAAAGGAGUCACAACUUUUGUAACCGCUAAGUGGGAGUCAACUCCAAUAGUCUUAGAACUUGCUGAAUAUCUUUCUGGCGAAAGUUCUGAUCUGUUUUGGUCAUUUGUUAACGGUGUUAACUCUUUAAAAUCUCCUUUACAAGGAUUAGCAACUGACAAAGAAGUUUAUGAUGCAUGUAUUGGUAUUGCGAGUACAUUGCUGGCGCCGGCACAAUUGCGAAUGGCAAAAUUGGCUCUGUCCAUGCAUUUGACCUCUCCAGCUGUUCGUAUGUUUGAUGAGAUUGCUACCCAAAAUGGUGCUAAAGAUGUUCAGUGUGAGGAAUAUGUUCAUAUUGCAUCAAGGAAAAUUUGUGAUACUGACACUUUACGUGAUGUACUUAAAGCAUACAAGACCUAUAAUCCUGAAGAUCAUAUUUUAGAGACAUAUUUGUUGGACCACUCUUAUCCUAGUAGUGACAAUAAAACUCUUACAGCCAUAUUAUAUGGGGAACUUGGAACUGUUGAAUUUGCUAACAAACAUAAAAUACUUGCUACAUAUGCAGAUAUGGGUGCAGUCAAUUAUGUUGUAAGGUGGAAUGUUAAGUCUAGAGGUGGACCUAAAUUGCGUCUAUCUGGCUAUGGUGUGGAGUUACAACUGAAAAGCACAGAGUAUAAAAGUCAGGAUGAUACAACACCAAAAGAGACUGACACUGGAGAUGCUGCAGAGCCGUCUGUGGAAGAAGAUGAAAAUGACCCUCAGAAUCAAAUAGAUGGUUUUAACUUUGGAAGGCUCAAGAACUUAUUCCCUGCCCUGCGCACACCAUUGGAGCGGUUCCGACGUCACCUGUCGGAGUCCAGUGAGGAGCUGGCUCCACUCAAAGUGUGGCAGAUGCAGGCUCUCAGCAUGCAAGCUGCCGCCGCUGUCGUCGACGCCAAUGACGCCGGUGGCGAUGAGGCGCUCAAAGUGCUUACAUCUAUUGCACAGAACUUCCCAAUGCAGACAAAGUCCCUCAUCCACGUGAAUGUGCCUCGUUCAUUCCGCGAUGAGGUGCUGUACAACCAGGACGUGUGGGCGUCAUCUCUGGGACUGCGCGCCGCGGAGCCUCUGCUGCUGGUUUCUGGUGCCCAGUAUGACGCCGAGGAGGUGGACGUAAUGGCCCUUCUCGCCGCCCUCAGGGAGGACGUCGGACCAAUGAAUGCUUUACAUGCACUCGGUUUACCGAAGAACCUUAUCAAUUCACUAAUGUCACUGGAGCUGGGCGAGGCGUACACGUGGGAGGAGUACGGGCUGGACAUCCGCGACUCGGCCAUCACGUGGCUCAAUGAUCUGGAGUCAGACGACCGCUACCGACGCUGGCCCUCCUCUUUCAUGGAACUCUUGAGACCCACAUACCCUGGCAUGCUCAGAAAUCUAAGACGGAACAUUUAUAAUUAUGUAUGUAUUUUUCUAAAAUGGCUUAUUUUUGUCACUAUGGUACAAUCGAGGAAUCUCUCCAGAUUCUACCUCAAAAUGGGCGAGACGUUGCUGAAGCACGCGACGCCGGUGCGCGUGGGCCUCGUGCUGGCCCCCGGCAGCGACGCCGCGCUCUCCGCCGCCGUUCGCUCCGCCUUUAACUACGUAGCGCAGGACAAAAAUUCCAAUAAAGAAGCAUUUUAUUUCCUUACACAGUUGAUUAGUUCGUGUGAGAAUAAUGAUAUGACAUUAGAACAUGUCAAAAACCAGCUACAGAAAUAUGCGAGUUCCGGCACCAAUGUAGACGACAUUAUUUACGAGGACUCUGAGUUUAAUUUCGGUCAUCAGCUGGCCGAGGAAUUCCUUUUCAAGAUAACUAGCGACAAGUAUCCCUUGGUGCUAAUUAACGGCGUGCCGCUGUGGGACGACGGGUCGCCGACUGCUGCGACGUCGUCUGUGGAGCUGCUGGAGGAGGCGCUGGUGAGCCUGCAGCGCGCGGUCUUCCGCUCCGAGCUGGCGGACACCGACGACGCCGUCGACCACCUCAUGAAGCAGCCGCAUAUCAUGCCAAGACUAAAUCGUCGGGUCCUGGCGUCAGAACCGACACAAUAUUUAGAUCUAUCAGGAGUGCCUUCUUCUCCCGAACUCUUCACAGAAGAUAGACUGCAUCGGUUGAUGCAUUUGACAGGUCGCGACGCUUUAGCCACCGCGCUACCGAUCUUGAAAUAUUUCCAAAAAAGUGGUAAACCAGAGAAGAUAACGCAAACAAUUUGGGUAGUUGGAGAUCUAAACGAGAAGGAAUCUAGAGAUCUGCUAAGAAAUGCUAUAAAAUUCAUGAGAGAGAGUGGCGGCGUGCGCGUGGCGUUCAUCCCGAACGUGGAGGGCGUGUCGGGCGUGUCGGGCGAGCAGUCGCUGAACAAGGCGGUGUUGGCGGCGCUCGCCGCGCUGGAGCCCGCCGCCGCCACCAAGUACGUCACCUCGCUUCUGGAACAGGAGGGGUGCCAUGAGCGACAGGAUUGCGAUAUACUGCCUGAACUGGUGCCAGUUCUGAACAAGCUGGAGUGGGUGCUGAAGGCGGCGCGAGUGCUGUGCGCGCGCGGCAUGCGGCUGCGUGCGGGCGCGCGCGCACUCGUACACAACGCACGGAUCAUCGGACCUUUUGAGGAUAAACUCCCCUUCACUAUGGACGACUUUGUGUUGUUGGACAGGUUCAGCAAUCAAGUUUAUGGCGACAAAAUUGCCGAUUUGCUUCUUAAGAAAAAAACAACAGUUGAAAACGAUGUUUAUGAUGAAAGUAUUACAGUGGAUAUCCCAGAGCUAUCAGCGGACGAGUACCUGAAGGUGAUAUCGGUGCUGUCGUCGCGCAGCCCCAAGAGCCGCACGCCGCUGCCGCAGGGGCUGCUGCUGCUGGUACUGCGGCGCGUCGUCAACUGCCGCCUCAAGCUCUUCCUCAACCCGCAAGAUAAGAAUUCCGACAUGCCGCUAAAGAGCUUCUACCGCUACGUGCUGGAGCCGGAGCUGCAGUUCACGGAGGCGGGCGCGCUGGGCGGCGGCGCGCUGGCGAGGUUCUGGCGACUGCCGCAGGCACCGCUGCUGUCGCUGGAGCUGCGCACGCCGCCCAACUGGCUGGUGGAGUGCGUGCGCUCCGUCUACGAUCUCGACAACAUACGGCUUGCCGAUGUAGACUCGCUCGUACACAGUGAAUUCGAACUGGAAUACCUGCUACUGGAGGGUCAUGCGUGGGACACGACGCUGGGCACGCCGCCGCGCGGCCUGCAGCUCAUCCUGGGCAGCCGCGAGCAGCCCGAGCUCAUGGACACCAUCGUGAUGGCCAACCUCGGCUACUUCCAGCUCAAGGCCAACCCCGGCGCAUGGACGCUGCGUCUCAGACCUGGACGCUCAGAGGAUAUUUAUGAAAUUGUUGGUCACGAGAACACAGAGACGACGGCGGGCAACAGCGACAUCCAGGUGCUGCUGGGCUCGUUCCGCAGCCACAACGCCGGCGGCAUCUGGAACUCCAUCGCCAGUUCGUUCGGAGGCGGAGGUGGAGGCGGGGAGGAGGCGGAGGGUGCGGAGGAGACGAUCAACGUGUUCUCAGUGGCGUCGGGGCACCUGUACGAGCGCUUCCUGCGCAUCAUGAUGCUCUCCGUGCUGAAGCACACCAAGUCUCCGGUCAAAUUCUGGUUUCUCAAAAACUACCUCAGCCCAUCACUCAAGGACAUAUUGCCGUACAUGGCGCAGGAGUACGGGUUCGAGUACGAGCUGGUGCAGUACCAGUGGCCGCGCUGGCUGCAGCGGCAGCGCGACCGCCAGCGCACCAUUUGGGGAUACAAGAUACUCUUCCUCGACGUGCUUUUCCCUCUCCACGUUAAGAAAAUCAUCUUCGUUGACGCUGACCAGAUCGUAAGGGCAGACUUAAAGGAGUUGGUGGAACUAGAUUUGGCCGGAGCACCGUACGGGUACACGCCCUUCUGUGACAGCAGGAAAGAGAUGGAAGGUUUUAGUGUUUUAGAUCAAGAUUUGCCGAACAAUAUGAUCCACCAGGUGGCGAUAAAGUCACUGCCGCAGGAGUGGCUCUGGUGCGAGACCUGGUGCGACGACAAGUCCAAGAAACAAGCUAAGACUAUUGAUUUGUGCAACAAUCCGAUGACGAAGGAGGCGAAGUUGUCGGCGGCGAUGCGCAUCGUGCCGGAGUGGCGCGAGUACGACGGCGAGGUGCGUGCGCUGCAGGCGCGCGUGCGCCGCGGACUGUACCAGCACACCGACACCGACCAGGAGCGACAUCUGCACGACGCAGGUAAAGAACACGAGCAUACAGAGUUAUGAUGUAAUAAUCGAAUUAGAACUUUUAGUUAUUCCAAUUUUUGUUGUAAGGUUGUAAGAUUGUGUAUAAGAUGUGUUACAAGAUGUGUAUGAUCACUGUGAGAAUUUAUUGUAAAAGACUUUGAAGAUUCCUUUUCUCUUUCCUUGUGUAUAUUUUCUUGUUGUGAUUAUUUUGAUGCCAUUUCCAUAAACAGUGUUGAUAUUUGUCGUGUAAGAUUAAGUGAAGUGAUUCCUAGCAACUAAGCAAUACCAUACUCUUUUCAAUAUCGCAUGGUGCAAACGACAAAAGCAAAGUGUUCACUUUUCUUUGUUUUUAAUGUACUGGAAUGUAAAAAAUGUUUUGCUCUAAUUUAUAAUUUUGUAAAAAUUGCGAAACGCCCUCCGCAUCGUGCUUUUGUGAGCAUGAAUUUAUUUGUUUCUUUGAAAAAUGUAUUGUUAUUGAUUAUGUUGAAUAUAGUUUGAAUUCUCACAUAAAAAAUAUAUCUCCAAUAAAAUCUUAGUUGUAAUUCGUUCACAGAGUACACAUAUUUCGAAUAAUUUGUAUUUCACUUGUAAUAGAAGCUGUGUUUUGCAAAUAAAAUACUUUUUUGUCAAA